CUUGUCAACCGCCUUAAACCAAAGAAGAAGAAGUAUCACGUGACAUAGAGGAACAGCAUUGACCUCUUUUGCUAGCUAGCAUGCUAUCCUAGCUGACGCGAUCCUAGCCGGGGGACAAAGUUUCAUUCCAAUAUUUCCAAAUAUUCAACAACACUUCAACAAUGGGCCAGGCCAAAGAAGAGAAAGACUAUGGAUACGACUUAUUUCCAGAGAGGGAGGCUAAGAAUGUAAAACAAAGAUCUGUAUCGAAUCUGUUCACCUUUUACAAUAAGUGUCAGUUCAUGUUGAAUAACACUGUGAACCAUAGUCCAUACGCCAAACUCCUCCUCAGCGCCAUGAGCAACUCUGGAUGUGAAGUGCUCAAAGACCGCCAUUUUUCCUGCGAAGAUUGCGAUGGGACAGUCAGCGGAGGGUUUGACGCGGCCACGUCCCAAAUAGUUUUGUGUCAGAACAACAUCCAGAAGCAGUCCCACAUGAACCGAGUGGUCACGCACGAGCUCAUCCACGCUUUCGACCACUGUCGGGCUCACGUGGACUGGUUCAGCAACUUCAGACAUCUAGCAUGUUCCGAGAUCCGGGCCGCUAACCUGAGUGGAGACUGCUCCUUCCCCAAUGAAAUGUCAAGAUACCACUUCGGCAUGAAGCAGCAUCAUCAGGAGUGCGUCCGAAACCGCGCCCUGCGCUCCAUCCUGGCCGUGCGGAAGAUCAGCCGGGAGGAGGCGGAGAAGAUAGUGGCGGAGGUCUUCGACUCGUGUUUCAAUGACCACGCCCCCUUCGAGCGCAUCCCACACUCCCAGAAGGACGCUAAAUUUGCCCACAGAAAUUACCAGAACAGAAGUCGAUACUACGCAAACAUUUAGUGCACAGCUUGUCCUCUGGGACACAUUUUGGACAUUAAUUCUGUACAAGAAGAUCAUAAGUAGUGAAAGUCAAAUAUCAGAAGAGUGUUUUUUAAAUUUUUGUCCCGUUUGUCCGCUUAUUUUCCUUUAAAUACAGCUGAUUUAAAUUCAAGCCAAUUAAAUCCUUCUUAACAUUGA